UGAAAAUCCAGCGUCGAAUGGUGAGACCCGUAAGACAAGACGAGAAAAUAAUAUAUACGAGUUGGUGGUAUUAAAAAAAAGAGCCGAGAGGUACGAGGUGGAGUUGCGUUGGUCUCUGUGUAUCUCCGGAGCCCGAAGGUCCGCAGACGUCGAACGCGGGUAACCAGGCAGGUAGCCUGUGGCAGGCUGCGCAAGUGGACGCCGAGAAGGCCGGCUUUUGUGUAAAAGAAAGAUUGAAAAAAAAAAACUGUAAAAGAAUUAAACAAAUCUAACGAAAUCAUCCGAAAUUGUUGCCGUGAGAAGUGCUUCGCGAUGAGACACGGUCCAUUUAUUGGAAUGAAAAUUAUUCCAAACGUAGUGACGAAAAAUCACGCAUAAAAUCCUGCCGAUCUUCCGAUAAGAGAUCGAACUCUGGUGUCUGUGACCGUGUGUGUGAAUUUCGUUUUCUUUUUUUUUUUUUGAUUUUUCUUAAUGCUAAUAACCUCGAGGCGUGUUUCGACGUACACGUAAAAAUUAUACUACACAUAUACGCGUCUCGCCCGAUCAUCGCGAUCAUCAUCAUCAUCAUCGUAAGCGCCAAGCGGCGGAAUAUAUCGGUAUCACAUAGUGAACGUCGACGUCGGAGUGGUUUUUACGAUCGCUUCUGAUUCCGAUUCUGAAUCAGAUUUUGCUGCGGUCGCGGCGCCGGCUAGGUGUGCUCCGGGGCUACCGCGUUCCGAGUUUCUCAGUCUCGCGGCUGCGAUCGGUUGGCGCGAUUUCAUACAACGAUAUUAUUCAUUUUCGCCCGUAGAACUGCGCGUAAAAGCUAUAAGGCGGGCGACCGACCGAUAGCCUUGACGAGUGUGCCGUUUCCAUACAAAAGUGAUCGACGAAGUUUGCGGUGCACAAGUGUUGAGAGAACGGAAGAAUAAAAAAAAAUUAAAAGAACAAAAAGAAAAAAAAACGAAAGCAACGGAGCAAUCCGUGCGGCAGCAUGCGAGCGAAAUAUUCAACGACCGACGACGUCGUUAGCGUAUCGAAUGCGAAACGCGCGCUACGAGGGAUAAAAUAAAGGCGUAACUACGCGUAACGUGCUGCUAUGAUUCCCCUGCUGCUGCUGCCGCCGCCGCAUAUCGCCGCUAUACCUGCAGCUUGAAGAGAGGACAUAACUGUAAAGGGCAGCGGCAUACCUCGUAGGAUCUUGAACGCGACCUCCGACGUGCGCGCGAAGCCGUCGUCGGCUCGUCUCCCGUUGAAUACCGGAUGUCAAGAGAAAAAAAAAAAACAAACGCCCUCCGAAACCCGGAAAUCGUUACAUUGUCGUCGAUCGGCGAUGACGGACUUCGGAAAUGGACAGUGAAAAGCGAGUUACAAAAAAACGUCAUCGUCGAGCCAACGGCAGAAAUUUUUGAAUAAGGAUGUCUACGGAGGUACAAGUUUGCCUUUCUUCAGCCAUCCAGGCGAACGCUACGUCGGACAUCGAUCAUGGAAGGUUGAAAGCGGAGCUGAGAAACUUGAGACGACGCGGUGCUCGCAACGCUUCGGGCGAGGAGCUCAGCCAAGGCCGGUGCUGCGCUAGGUGCAAGACCCAACUCGGCAGGAUCUACAAUACCGGGGCGUCGUGCCCGAGGUGCAGACACCGCGUAUGCAGACAGUGCAGGGAGUACAGGGGCUCUAACGGUACGGACUGGCUCUGUCUCGUCUGCCACAAGAUCACAGAGAUACAAGCGGUGUCCGGUGAAUGGAUGAACGAAGGAUCGGGAGCCAAACGAGCGAGCAGAAGAAAAUUUUUGGCCUCACCGGCCGAUAUUUUAAAACGCAGCAUCCGACGUUCGUGGACCAUUAACGGUCCCCCGGCAAGCUGGUGCGCGAUUCGCGGUUCACCGGAGCUGAGAGCUUACCAGAGUCUGCCGAGGCAACAGGAUUACUUCGAGGUCGUCCGUUCGGACCUCGUGGUUCCCCCGCAGUCGGACGAGCCUCGAGAAAUCGAAGACAGAGCGCCGAGAGGGACCGCGGAACCGGAAACCGGCGGAGAAAAGAAGUCACCGGGAGCCGGCGACGAGAAGAACCGGAAGUCGGGGGAUGCUGGACCGAAGAAAUCGACGACGAACGGCGCGGAGGAGGAGGAGGGGAAGUUUUUGAGGUGCGAAAAUCGAGGGACUUCCUCUAGCGAGGAUCAGCCGACGGUUUCCGCCCAAUCGCAACAACAGGAGAUCGUCGCCGCGCCGAGGAUAUCGCAGAUAAAACCGCCCAGGAUUCACAGCAGGUUCAGUUUUCCCGAAGCCAAGCAAACGCCGCCGAAAUCGGGGGAGAGGAAAUCGAACAUACCGAUACUGAGACGGAGCUCCAGGGAAUUCGAGGACAUCAGGAGCCCCUUGGAGUCCGCGAAAAGAUCCUCGAUACCCCAGAGGUACAGAGGUAGCACCGACGACUUGAGGAGGAGCAGAGAGGACAUCACGGCCCCCAGUCAGAUACCGAAGUUGUUUUCGCCCCGAGUCGGCAACAAGGACGACAGACUGAAACGUCAGGACAGCAAGGACGAGAUUCGUUACGGUCCCAAACAGCAAACGGUCUCCAGAAAAGAGGAGAGGAAAGAUUCCCGCGAUGAAGUAAGCAAGCACCAGUCCCCGUGGUCCGGUAACUCCGCGAAAAAAGAAGACGCCGAAAAAUCCAGUAAGGAAGACGUCAGAUCCGGGAUAAAAUUGUUCUACCGAAAGGACGUCAAGGAACCUCCGGAUUCCACCGGCCACAAGGAGAAGGAGAACAGAGCGAGUAAAUUCGCGAAGGACGAGGUUAAAAAGGAGGAGAAUAUUUCGCGUCGAUCGGACGAAGAUGACACGAGAUCGAAACUCCCGUCGUCGUUCAACGAGCACGGGAAAUCCGGGAUAACAAGCGAAGCGAAACGGGACGGGGCGCAGGACUCCGGAGUCGUCGAUAACUCGAAAAAAAAUUACGAAAGAAGCGGCAGCGACGGCAGCGUCGACUCCAAGGAUGAUUCGGUAUUUUUGACCGACGAAAGAUCCCCGACCGAGGAAGCAGAUAUGGUCGAGAAGAAGGAGGCGCCGGCCCCGAAGAAGUCUCCGGAGACCGCGACGAAAACCGAACGCAAAUUCGAAGGAUUCAAGUGGGAGAGGCUUCGGAGAUCGAACGGCAACGUUUCCGGGACCAGCGGCGUUUCGGCGAACAUGGAAGACGGCGACGAGGAGACGCCGCUCAGUAUCGCCGAAAAUCCGCCUCCGAACGACUCGGUAAUAAUCGAAAGCAGAUCGGACGAGUGCGACGAAUCGGAGGACAGAAGUCCCGACGACGACGGUGCGGAGGCGGCGACUCAGAUCGACGAAGGACGACCGCCUGCGGACGAUGUCCUCGGGGUUAAGGAAGGCAGGAAGCUUCCGCAGGACGAUAACGAAGUAGUCCCCAGAAAAUUUUCCAAGGAAGAAUCUUCGGCCCCCGACGAUACAGACGAAGUACCGAACAGGCGGAGUUCGAGCCAUUUGUCGCCGGAAGCGAGUCCCCUGAGCACGAGAUCGUCCAGAUACAGUCCUCGGGAGAGCGAGAGCGAACCGACCCCCGCCCUACCGAGAAAAACGGGAGAGUCCAGCAGCGCGUCGCAGAGAGUUAGGGACGCGAUAACGAGAACGCGACGAGAAUCGAACAGCAGCACCAGGUACGAAAGCAGCGGGAGCGAGAGCAUAAGAUUGGGCGGCCACCUCGAGACCAGGAGGGUGCGUUUCGGAGGCGGUAGCGGAAUCGAGGAGGUUCAGAGAGACAGUGCGACAAGCGCUGGCGAAGAUGAGCCGAGAAACGUUUCCCACAAUCCCGGUGGACCGCGGGACGCGAGAACCGUUCCAGGGGCUCUUCAGGGUAGAGCCAUGCGGAGGCGUCGCCAAUUCGAUACGCAAGGAUCGCGACGAAGGGGUCGAUCGCACGCCAGGUCGUCGUCCUGCGGCGGCGGUGGCGGCGACGAUUUGCACCACCUCCAGGUACUGCUCGGUCGCGGCGGAUGCGUCAGCGGCGAUCACCUGAGCCCUCCGCAAGGUCAUCAGCAGGGUCAGCAGCAGGGUCAGGAUCACCCGCCGACGGACUACCGUCGCCUGGUGUUCAUAAGCUCCGACUCGUCGUCCGGUCGGGAGGAGGACGACGCCGACAGCAGUUCGGGCUCGUCGUCGCUGAACGGCGCUCCGAGGUCCGGCCUCGCCCAGGGCCUCGAGGACUGCGACUGGGACUACUUCGAGAGCGGAGGCUCCAUACCGCCCCUGGCCCACCUCCAGGUCGGGGUCAUUGGGACGCCGACGUCGACGACGAACCACACGACAAACGCCCGCGGCUCCUUCGGCACGCAGACGUCACGCGGACACCACGGAAUAUCCUUGUCCCCCCAGGACUGGAGCUGCUGUCCCGGUAGAGGAUCUCCGUCUUGCCAGGCUUGCGGCGGCGCGAGAGGAGCGAACGUGUUUCCGGUUCCGGUUCCGAUCCCGGUUCCAGUUCCGUAUCCGGUUCCGGUACCAGCGUCCCUCUGGAACUCGGGGCUAACGAACCCGUCGAUGAUAAACUGCACCACCGCCGAACUCGGUGCUCUUCAGUUGACCAGGAGCGGCAACUCUCCGCUGCACCCCGGCGCCGCCGCCGCCGCCCAGUGGUUCGCCUGGCCACCGAGAUUCAUCCACGACGUUAACGGGGCGAGAGUAACCGGCGAUUCCCAGGGCCUCCUGGACCAGAGAUCGAGCGACGCCACCGUCGCGGCGACAUUCGCCUUCCACUCGGGCGUUACGUUCGAAAGAUCCGAGAUCCUGAAUUUCGAGGAUCUCAAGCUCAGAGCGGAACUAAGCGCCGCGGGGUACGCGCCGAACGCUUCCGGUUACCCGGAAUCGAAAGCGGAAGAGCGAAUAGCCGAGCCGCCCGUGCCGGACAUCGUCAAGGACGACUCGCCCAAGGUUCGAGAUGAGGAUAAACUAGAUCGGAGGGAGGAAGAUCGAAACGCGGAGGAGGCGAACGUCGACUCCAAUCCCGAAAAACUUGCGAUCACCCCCAGCGACAAUGAGACGCCGAACGAGGAGCGCGAGGGGGACGAGUCGUCGGCGGACAGUGACGAAGAAUCUAACGGCCAACUAGCGGCAACGUCGGCUUCGAAUUCGCCGAGCAACGCGACCGCCAAGACGACGAAAAUGUACCACAUGUCACAAGGGAAUUCGGGAAGUUCCUCCGGAAGAUCGUCGGCGGACAGCAGCGAUCUGGAGGACUCGGCGUCGCAUCAUUUCUCCCGAGUGUUCGUCGUUAACGACGACUCGUCGACGAGCGACAACGACCCGGAGGACGUCGAGGACGUCGAGGACUCCGACUCCAAUCGAGAGAUCGGUAUAACGCUGAGGCGGGUAACCGCACUGCCGGAAGACGGACCCGUGGUGCUUCGUCACGUCAGAUUUCUGGACGAGGAUCGGGGGACCAUAGAAGUCCUGAAGAAUUCCGACAACGGGGAUACCAAGUCGAUCGUACCCGGAAUAGGAGGCUCGUCGCCCUCGAUAAAAAGCGCGACGGAAGACACUAGGAGACGCCUGAGAGAGGACAACAUCCGACUACGUUACGUGCGGAACUUCGAUCCCGAAGCCAACGAAAUUUACCUGGUGGACUCGAAGGAGGACGAGUCGGAACACAAGAUCGAACUGAAGGCCGUGAGGAGUUUGGAUCCCGACGCGAUCGAGGAACGCUCGCCGAUUCCCGACAAAGUGCGGCUGAUCGAUUUGAAAAAUAAGAAGCAAAUUUCGGAAGCGAAACUACCGGUGAACGAAGCGCCCGAACCCGAUUCCCUGAUGCCCGAAGUAUCGGACAACUACACGAUUGUUCCCGAUUCCUUGGAGAUAAACGAACCUGGUUUGAACGAUAACUGGAGUAGAUCCGGCGACCUGGAUGAGAUCACGUCCGAUAACGAAACCUUAAAUAUUCCAUCGACUGGCGACAUCUACUCGGUUGUCGAUGAACGUGAUUUCGAAUCACCCGCAGCGAACGACGAUCGCGAUAAGGAAUCACCGGGUGUCCUUCGUUCUUCCAAAGAUAAGUCGAGUUCGGUAUCAGCGGUGGUUUACGAUGAUAUCGCGUCGGCGGCGGCAGCAGCUAUCAAAAGUGAAUUCGAAACACCGAGUAUCGGGAUGUCGGUUAACAGAUCGAAGUCGAUUUCUUGCUCUCCGUCUUCCUCUUUGAAUCUUACGGGUACCAGCGACCCCAGCACGACCGGAAGUAGUGACACAGCUACCGGAAGCGAGGUGAGCAGCGACGAACUUCACGAGUACGAGGUUACCGCGUGGUCCCUGAACGACCCGGACGAAGAUGUGGACGACGACGUCAACGAUGACGACGACGACGACGAUGGAACCGAUAACGACGGUAGCGAUAACGAUAUCGAUAACGGCGCCGUCAAUAACGACUUGAUAUCCUCGCGGAAAUCGCGAUCUCUCCUCGGAAACGAUCGAACGAAUCUUGUUACGAAGGGGGAAAUUUUCAACGUCCGUCACAGUGACGACGCGUCGGGUUCCACGUCCGACGGAUGUUCGACCGACGAGGGUGGCUCGAGUCGUCUGGACAGUGGCGUUGCGACGGGAGUCGAGGACACCAAUCCCUCGGGAUCGCGAACCGACGAGGGCGGCGCGCCGUCCUUCGAGACGACGCCCGCUGAAUCAAUAGAUUCGGUCCAAUCCCCGGCUGCAGGGCGACGAUUGCCAGAUGCCGUCAGCGUCGUCGGUCUCACGGUUGCGUCGUUCGCGACGGAUCGUUCCAACGAUGACAACGUCGACAAGCGUUCCAACGACCUAGUAAAAAACGGAGAUGAAAAACGAUCGUCGAACGUCGUCGGCCGCGAAACGACGAGGAUCGCAGCGGUACCGAUCGACUCGAUCGAGUUUUCCGAACCCCUCGACGACGUCGAGGUCCAGCGAAAAUACUCGGGUGCCAGCGACCGCGAGGAGGAGAUCGGAGGAGCCGGAAGCGGGACGGAGGACGCGGACGCGGGGAACGGAGACGGAGACGGAGAGGUAAAGGAGUCGUCGGCGAUCGUCGACGAUCACACUGUGAACGACAUGAUAUCGAUAAAAAUUCACGAGAUAUUCAAGAGCGUGGAACGUCUGAAAGUCGACGUUGAUCGCGGCAAUUUCGCGGUAACCCGCGGCGACAAAGGUGACGACGACGACAACGACGACGUCAAAGCUGAAUUUACGGAAGAGAGCGGCGUCGAGUUUAGAGGUGAGAGGAGCGAAUCGAAACAGGUGGAAGGGGGCGUAGAGGAGCCGGCGCGUGGACGGUCGACGGCGCAGGUUUCAUCAGUCGAGCGACGCCCGCCAGCGACGAAUGAUGGCUGGAACGUUGCCGCCGGUUCUAACGCGACCGAUAAAAAACCACCGAUCGAACCUCGACAGCCAGCUAAAAACGCGCAAAAUUAUCCCGGCAACCGUUACAAGAGUCUAGUGAUGAUAACCCAAGGUACCUAUCAACCGGUGAACGUAGUGACCUCGGAUACCACGACCCUCCUCCAGCCCGAGGAGAGCCCUCCGCCGCCUCCACGAGGACUGGCGGGCUACUACCACCUGGCCCUCGAAACAGCGGCCGAUUUUCCCCUGAGGAACGGAACCGCCGGACCCCGAAGACCCCCGACGGUCAAACGACCGACGACGGCCCAGCCUCGAGCGGUUCCCAUCGAACCGGAAGUAGACAGCGGUUUGAGCGUCGGCAGUGCCAGUGAAAGUGACGACGUGCAAUCGGUGAACGGUGCCCCGAAGGCCGGUGCAACGGUAACGCCGUCUCCUCUCGAUCACGGCAGUUCGGCGGUUCUCGAUCGCGGUGGUGCCAGUGCGGUCGGUACGAGUGUCGACAAAAGUUCCGCGAACAAUGAGCAGCCACCGGGUGCCAAUGGGGCGUCCGGAGUCGUCGUCAUCCUCGAGGAGGGACUCGCCGACGACGACUCAUGGGUGGAGGAGGUGUCCCACGACGAGGACGAACAGGGCGGCACAACGGCGACGGAAGAGAGCUCCGAGGACGAGGCAAACAACGUUGGGGAUCGCGAGGAGGAGCUGCGGGGCUACCACCGCCAAGCGAUCGACUUCACGCUCCACACGAUCGUCGAAGAGUCCUGCGAGGAGAGCGAGGCCGAGCCAACCAGUCUGGCGAUGGGGAGCCCGCGGAAACAGCGACCCCCGUCCACCUCCGAGUUAGAGAAGUACUUCUUCUUCGGACUGAGCGAGGGGGUGGGCGGUGUCGGGGGUACGCGCGAGGCGGACAGCCUAUCGGAAACCUCGUCGAUAUACUCGGAGGGCCUCGAGUCCCUCGGUCAGGACGAGGCGGGCCAGAGCACGGAGAAAAAUUCGCCCGAGUAUCUGACCUCCUCGUCGUCGUCGAGACUCGAGAAAUACUUCCUUUCGGACUUUCUGGGUUUCGAUCGGGACCGACGCGAUUCGGACGGUUCGGUGGGCAGCGACUCCGAGGGCAGACCGAGCCCCGAGCAACGCAGGAAGAGGCUCGUGCGCGCCCGCGGUACCGGACGAUCCCACAGCUCGUCGCUGGACAAUCUAUUGGCUCUGACACAGAGCUCGCAGAAUCUGAGCUCGCAGAAUUCGCUGCAGGAUCUGAGUAUGAAUCCCGAUUCGCAGGAGACUCAGUCCGAAGGAUCAUCGACGGAAACGGACGGCGCGGACGAUCAGAUGCCGGCCUUCGGUACCGACGGACAAUUCGACACGGUCAAACGGAAGAAGAAGAAGCCGAGAAAUCUGGGCACUCAGAGCCCGCGGAUCCCCGACGAUCGGAACAAGACCCCCGAGCCGAUAAUGAUCGACGCUGACGGCGAUCUGCUGGAGGGAGGAAACUCCGAGGACGACAGAGCGAAGACUCCGCAGCCCGACAGCACCGCCAGCUUCUUGACCUCCUCGCAAUCGGCCGACUCGAACCGAACCAAACAGCCGCUGCUGCAGCCCUCGGACUCCGCGUAUCCGGUCGGACGUGGCAAGCAACAGCAGUUGGAAUCCGCUCGGGGCAACGGGGGAGGAGGCCAAGGGAACGAGGUGAACUUGGCGAGGAACAAGCAGCACUCCAGGGAUUCGGGAUUCAUCGGAAGCUGCGACGACCUGCUACAGCAUCAGAGGGUCUCGACGUCCGUCGACGGACCGCAAGGUCCGAGCGGUGGACAGGAUCCCAAGAAGGAUUCGCAUCACGACCGUAGGGCUAACGACAGUUGCAAGAAGGGCGGCAAUUCGUCGUGCAAGGUGGAAGUUCCCGUUUCCCAGGUGACCCUGGCGCCGCCUAACGCCUCGCUCUCCAGAAAGGACAGUUUCAACAACUGGUCGAGCGACGAAGAGACGAAUCUAAUGAUGUCCAAGAUGCGUCAGUUUUUCAAAACUAUGGUGGCGAAUUCGAACAACGGUCACAACUCGACCAAUUCGAGCGCCGCGUCGCCGGCGCCGAGUCCACGUUUGCCCGGAAGUUCGCCGCGAUGUCGCAUACCUAGUCAAAAUCGUACAAAGCCACCUCAACUGGUUUAUUUCGAGAACGAGCUGACCAGACUGAUGAAAACCGUGCCGGGUAUCCGCGACGAGCAGGUCAAGGAAAUCGUGGAAUACCUCAGCUCGGAGGACACUUGGUCCGACUCGUACGACAGUUCGGAUUACACCAGUUCGGAUCUCGAGGGUGCCGGUGGCAGGAGGUCCGCCUUGCAGGAGCAAAUUUCACAGAGCUGUCAGCAGAUAAUCAGCAAAUUCGACACCACCGGCGGGGCGGCCGCAGCGGAGUCCCCGUUGUCCGGCAAGGAGUCCGUCACCUCCUCGCAGCCGGCGCAGCCGUUGAACUGCAGAGACACGGCGUUCGUCUACCAAAAACUGGUGCAAAGCUUCACGAAAAUGACCGGCGACGGGGUCAGUUCCGACGCGUGUUCCACGCCGCACAGCAGUCCGCCGCUGAUAGCCAAAGUUAUGCACCACAUCGGCAGCAGGCUGGUCGCACUGAUGCACGAAGUUUCCGAAGGCGGUCCGGCCGUCCAGCCGUCCUCCUGGCGCCGAUAUCCUCACCACAGGACACCCUCGUCGGCGAGCACCACGGAGGACGACGACUCGACCUCCGAUUCGGCCAACACUCCGGCGCAACACCAGCUGCCCAGAUCGAAAUCCCACGAUCCUUUGCUCCUCCUGAACGGCCACCCCGCGACGGGCUACCAGGAGGGCGAAGAGCGGGAGGCCAGCGACAACGAGCGUUUCUCGUGGCGAGGAAGUUUCGAAUCGGCGCUAAUGCCGGCCGACUCGAGAACGAAACUGAGUCUUCUGGCUUGUUCGGGUGACGUGAGCGCGAGUGCGUGCGCGUUGGCGAUGGCAGCAAAAAGAAGAAGCGCCGGCGACCUGCUCUUCAAUCCGAAGAGUCUGUCGAGGGAGCAACUCGACAGGGUCAGAAGUUGCGGUUCGAUAGGCGGCGGAACCGGAUCCAUAGAGGACAAAAUAUGGAGCAACAGGAGAAGGUCUUCCGUUCCGGACGCGAACACCAGAGGCGAAUCGGGAGCUUCGGCUGGCGACGACGAUACGGAGGACGAACUCGAAUACGGCGGUGAUUCGCGCGCCACAACGUUACCUCGCGGUUUGCAAUCGGCGGCGACUGCCACCAAUUCGUUGCCCCGACUACCGCCGGUUUCCACGGCUUCCGGUCCGGUCACCAUGCACAAAGCCCACAGUGUGCACUACUUCCUCCAGCAGCACAACAACGUAAAAUCGGCGCGUUAUCGGCCGCCCGGUUUCGCCAGGAACAAUCUGACCGCCGGCGCUGCGGGUGGACCGAAAAGGGCGGUAAGCGCACCCGGACUUCAACUUCCGGUAAAUUUGACCUCGGCCGGAAAACGGGAGACGGCCAGGAGUCGAAGACAAGCCGUAUCCCUCACCCCGGAUGACGGUAGCAGCCUCUCGGAAGCUUGCAGUACGCCCAUAAUCGGUGGUGCGAGAGGUGGCAGUACAUCGAACGAGGACGAGAUGGACAGGAGUCUCCACGCGAGUCUUCUGGGCACCAGGGCCUCCUCGUCGAGCCUCGGGGCGAGGUCCGACUCCAUGGCUUCGGUGUACAGCGGUGCGGGUGAAGGAAGGUGGUGCGGAUCGGUCGCCGUUAGAGGUGAGGUGGAAUUCGCCCUCGAAUACGACUGCAAGCAGAAGACCUUCGAGGUCCGAGUGACCCAGUGCAGAGACCUGGCGCCGGUGGACGUUAAGAGGAACCGUUCGGAUCCGUACGUCAAGGUCUACCUACUGCCCGACAAGUCCAAGGGAGGUAAGAGAAAAACGAAGGUGAAGAAGCACACCCUGAAUCCAGUAUUCGACGAAACGUUGAAGUUCCACAUGAGCCUCAACGGACUGGAAACUCGUACGUUAUGGCUGACGGUGUGGCACUCGGACAUGUUCGGGCGAAACGAUUUCCUCGGCGAAGUUCGAAUGGCCCUCGAAAACAAGAUAUUCGACGAUCCGACGCCGAGGUGGUACCCCUUGCAGGAGAGGUCCGAACCGUUCGACGACCCGGUAACGUACAGAGGAGAGGUGAUAGUGGGUCUGAAAUUCGUACCGCCUGAUCCGACGGGGCAGCAACAACAGCCGCAAGAUAAAUCGAGCGACCGCGGCGGUUUGAGCGAAAAAUACGGUUCGAAAGCGCGGAAAAGUUGGAGCAAGGGAGCGCUCCACGUGUUGGUCAAGGAGGCUCGAAACCUCCAGACACGCGCGAAACACGGCGGCACUUGCGACCCAUUUUGUAAAAGCUAUCUUCUGCCCGACAAGGGUCGUUCGGGUAAGCAAAAGACUAGCGUGGUUCGAAAAUGUACGGGUGGUUCCCCGGUAUGGGGUCACACAUUCGUCUACAAGGACGUCAGUCUCCAAGAACUGGCGGAAAGGGGAUUGGAACUGACGGUAUGGGAUCACGACAGAAUAGCUAGCAACGAGUUCCUAGGUGGCGUACGUUUCAACCUCGGCACCGGCAAACACUACGGAAAGAGUGUCGAAUGGAUGGACGCGACCGGUCGUGAAUUAUCAUUGUGGCAAAGCAUGCUCGAACGUCCGAACUUUUGGGUCGAAGGUGCGGUGACGUUGAGGCCAAACCUCCACAAUCAUACGCGUAAUAAUUCCACAUGAAACACACCUCCUCAACGACGGUUAAUUAACUAAUUCGUUUCAUCGUUCAUUCGUUGGUCGAUUCAUUCUUUACCGUCGUCCAAUAAUUGUAACGGCGAAAAGACUAUCAGAUUUGUUGUGAGAAAAAAUCGCAUCCGACGAGCUGCCGGCGAUAUUAUUGCAUCGAAUUUUACGGUACUUAAACGUCCUAUACCCUACGGUCUAUCGCGACGACGAUCACCUUAUCCACAAAUAAAUUAUCAUCGAUUGAGAUUGAUGACGAUUAAAAAAAAAAAUAAUCAAUGAAACUAAAAUUACUCAAUAUAUAAUUGAAGAGGUAUAUAAUGAUAGAAACGAAUAAUGAAACCCGCCUCGUAUGAUGUAAACGUAACAUAAUAUGAAUGAUAAUAAUGAUGAUAAUAACGAUAAUUAUAAUAUAAUAAAUAAAUAAUAAAAUUAACAGAGAUGUGCCUAUGCGAUCGCGCAGUAUAUUAUAAUACUGAUAACCUUCAAGGGUAUAUGUAUAAUUAUAAUAUAUAUUUCACGAUUACCGAAUUUGGAUGAAUAAUAAAAUUUUGGAAAUAACCGUUUUCGGAAAUUAUCUAAUGUAACAUAGGAUGGUGAACGAAAAAGAAGAAGC